GAAGAGUUGCGACCGGAAGAAGCAGAGUUGAAUCGGAUCACAACAAAAUAAUGACGCUCCUCCUUAGUAAAACUUUAUGUAUUUGUUCUCACUUACGCAACAUUACAUGCACGCAACGGAAUGUGAAUAUGGCUUUCAGGAUGGCUACAAAUAUCGCUAACCAGCUCCGUGGGAUGUGUAGCUUUGUUCGUCCUUUAGCCCGACACGUGCAGCCCGCCGCCGUCAGGAAUGCCGCCAUCAGGAAUGCCUCCAUCAAGUGCUCUGAAUGUAGCGAUGACAAUCAAAGAUGGAGGAGAAACAUCCAUGUGACAGCUCACAGACAGGAGCAUCAUUUGCACACGAGUGUUGGAAAUGUUUUUCCCAGUGAGCUGUCAGAGGCGGCCUAUGAGAAGCUGGCAGAUGAGACACUGGAUUCCCUGGCUGAUUACUUUGAAGACUUAAUGGACGAACCUUUCACUGGAGCAGACUUUGAUGUGGUGUUCUCUAGUGGCGUGCUGACAGUCAAUGUGGGUGCUGACCACGGGACCUAUGUCAUCAACAAGCAAACGCCAAACAAACAGAUUUGGCUCUCAUCUCCAACCAGCGGUCCCAAGCGCUACGAUUGGACGGGUGAUGCUUGGGUCUACAGCCAUGAUGGCGUCAGCCUGCACCAGCUGCUGUCUCAAGAGUUUUCCACCAUCUUCAAGAUGAACAUGGAUCUCUCUGGCCUGCCUGUUCCCCAUCCCUCAGGGUGAAUUACUAGUGGAACAUUCAUCUGUUUAUUUAUCAAUUUAGUGUGAAGAGUAUUUGUCAACAUGUGCUUUUAUCUACAUUCUUUACAAUACUAUUUCAGGUAGUCCGUAUUUUCUGGACUAUAAGUCGCUCCGGAGUAUAAGUUGCACAAGGCCAAAAAUACAUAAUUAGGUAGAAAAAAACAUACAUAAGUCGCACUGGAGUAUAAGUUGCACGAGGCCAAAAAUGCAUCAUUAGGUAGAAAAAAACAUACAUAAGUCGCUCCGGAGUAUAAGUGGCAUUUUUUGGGGGUAUUUUAUUUUCCAAACUACUUGACCAAAAAAGACAUUACGUCAUCUUGGAAGGCAAGUUGUAACAUUAAUAAAAGAAUAGAGAACAGGCUAAAUAGCUGUAAGAUAUGCUAACACAAUGCUUAUUCAGAUUCAGCUACACAAAAAUUAAACAUGAUCAUAAAAGGUGUCCAGUGUUUAUGGAACAUAAACAGUUUUAAGUACAAUAACUGUUUUGUUUUCUUCAUCGUAGUAGAGUAACCUCCGCUUUACGCCUAAAAAGUUUCUCACUUUCUCCAAACUUUCUCUCUGCUGCUCGAUGAUGUUUUCAGCUGCAAAUUUCACUACUUGCAGCUUCUAGUAUGCAGAAUAGGAUUUUCUUUUGGGGGACAUUUGUGUUCUGUCGUCCUCUGUUGUCUUUGGAAGCUAACGUCCACUGUUAAAUAUUGAAUUGGUAAGGAGUAGGUGAUAUCUGUAUGAAAGUCUAGAGUGCCCUCUUGUGGCUGGCUGUGAAAUUAUAUAUAUAUUUUGGUAAUGGUAAUGGUUUCAUUUCAUUUGAACAUGCAUCAGAUUCCAUUGAGUGCAUCCCAUAAUCAGUUCCCAGUUCCACAUGUCCAAAAGGAGUAGGAAGAAGCAAAGCUUAUUAAAUCCUACCCCUCCAUCUGGUACUUUUACAAUCACUAACUCUUACAUUUGUUCACUUCCUGCUUUCCAUAAUACAGUUUAAGGUUUUUGUUUGUUUUUUUGUUUAGUUUUUUUUAAUAAUGCACCUCGUACCAAAGUACGAAGUACAAUUUUUUUUGGAGUAUUAAGUCGCAAGAAAAGCCAACCUAUGGAAAAAAAAGUGACUUAUAGUCCGGAAAAUACGGUAUUUCCUAUUUUAUGGUCCUAUUAAAUACUGUGAUACCUCGGUUUUUGUCAGCCGAAAACCGAACGGUGCAUAACAGAAGCAAUGUCUCCCUUGGGAAAGGAUGUAAAGCCAAAUGCUGUUUCAGAGUCAGACGCCCAAAAAUAAUUGACAAAAUUGGCAAAAUCAUUGUAAAUGACAGAAUUAGACAUAAAAACCAUAAUUGUACCUUAAUCCAAGACACGUACCGUGCAAUGAGCUCUUUCUUGAAUUCCAUCGUGUUUCUCCCCUUUAUCAAAGUGAUGGAACUCGCAACCUUCUUUGGCACUGUGUUGGGUGACGCAGUUUAGACUGAGGCCAGAGUCACCACCAUAUGCGAUGCUUUGAGCAUUGUUUAUUUUUCACAAUGUUACGUGGGCAAGACCGUACAAAACAACGGGGGGGACAUUUACAUACUUUUACUGCAUGCUAGUAUUUACAAGUAUGAUACUUGACCCAAAUACUUGGACGCGCACUUGCGACACGAGUUUGUGUGAAUAGUUGCUUGUCUACGUGCACACUAAAGUCAGCUAGGAUAGGCUCCAGCACCCCCGAGAAAUAGAAUUGGUAUACAGUAUGGACAGUUGAGGUGCAUUAUGAGAACAUGAUAUUUUCCUUGUCAUUAUCUAUUUAACAUGGCUUGGUAGUACUUUUUAAAAAUGCAUAUUUAAACACAUUAACAAAAGCAUUAAAAGUAUCAGUAGUUGGGUGAGACACACAAGCUCCAGACUUGAUAGCUGGAACAACAGGCUUUUAUUGCAGGUUUGAAUGAUGGAAUCCCUGUUAUGGCCGCCACAUAGCUGACCGCGAUGGAGAGAUGGCGGUAUAGAUGUUUGCGACGGGAAAGUCACUGUUUAAUGUAGUUUAAUGUAGUCUGCAAUGAACAACCAAUCAGAAGAAAUAAAAAGCAUAUUUUUUGCAGGUAGCCCAGAUUAGAAAUGAUGUAACCAUGCGUACCUUGCGCCAGAUAUCUUUUGGUCAAGAGUGGAGUGAUGCUAUUUUUCCCGUAGCUUACUGCUUCAGUGCGUAUGUCGGCCAUGUUGUGGCUGUAAACACGACACUGAAAUAAAACCAGAGCAAAAGGUCAACAUGAUGUCAUGAAGAUGGAUGGGAUGGGAAAUGUAAUGCAGGGCGUCUGCAGAUUGCAUUUGUAGAUUGCAUUGUAAAAUCAUUAUUUAUAUUGCGUCCAGGUGUGACUUUAUUCAGCAUGUAAUAAAUGAUUCAAAUAUU